AUGCAAUUGAAGUCCCCCCUCCUUGGGGCUUGCAUGCUGAUUGCUCUGCCAGUCGUGCAGGCCGAGCGACUCAUCUCUGCCGAGGGCUUGACCAAGUGUUCCGACAGUUCCGAAGUCCAAAUUAACAAUUUCAACGCCGUUUUCACCCCGGGCAAUGCCUCAAUCAGCUUGAAUUUCGACGGUUACUCCUCGGUCGCCGGUGAUGUCCUGAUCGAUGUGGAAUUACUGGUCUAUGGCUACAAGGCCAUGACCAAGACUCUCGACCCGUGCGACCUCGACCUGUCUGUCUUCUGUCCCAUGAAGGCGAUCGAACUGCAGCUCCCCACCAUCACCCAGACCCUGGGCAAAAGUGUCCUUUCUCAAAUUCCCAGCAUCGCUUACACCGUCCCCGAUCUCGACGCCGUUAUUCGCAUCAAGCUGAAAUACAAGAGCGGCUCUGACGAUGGAAAACAAAUUACCUGCUUGGAGACCCGCGUCCACAAUGGAAAGACCGUCUACCAGGCCGGUGUCUCCUGGACCCUCGCCGUCAUUACCGGCCUUGGCCUGAUCGCGUCCACCGUGAUCUCGCUUCUCGGCCACUCGAACACCGCGACCCACUUGGCGUUCCGAUCGUUGGCUUUCCUUGGUUUUAUCCAGACGCAGGCGAUGGCCGGUAUGACGGCAGUCAACAUGCCGCCAUUCGUGCAAUCGUGGACCCAGAAUAUGCAGUGGAGCAUGGGAAUCGUACGGGCGGACGCUCUACAGACCAUCGCGACCUGGUUCCAACGCGCUACCGGAGGAACCCCGUCCCAAGUCCUCACCAACUCGGAAAAUGUCUCCUUGGUCCUGCAGAAGCGAGGAUCGAUCGCAGCGCGCGCCGCGACGCACGGAAGCCAGAUCAUUCUCCGUGGGAUCGAAAGGGUGGGAAUCCGCGACAAGAUCGAAUUGACCAAUAUCUUCAUGACCGGAUAUCUAUUCUACUACUUCGUCGUUGCGCUCGUCGUCGCCUGCGUCGGAAUCCUUCUCGGAGUCCGCGCCAUUCUGGCCAAGAAACCCUCUUCGCUCGAGAAGCUCGAUCGCGCCAUCGGCGUCACCACAGACUGGAAGACCAUUCUCCGCAACACCUUCUUCCGACUCGCUUGCAUCGGGUAUCCGCAAAUGUGUGUCCUGUGUCUCUGGGAGCUGGUCCGUCGUGACUCGGCCGCUGAGGUCGUCCUGGCCAUCACCAUGUGGCUGGUGACGACGGGCGUGCUCGCAUUUGCCGCGUUCAAGGUCUUCCAGCGCGGACUGCGAUCCAAGCAGCAGCACAACACGGCUGCAUACACGCUGUACUCCGACCCGGCGACAUUAAACCAGUGGGGAUGUCUGUACAUCUACUACCGUGCUCCGGUGUACUACUUCCUCGUCCCAUCUCUGGUCUACGUCAUUGUGAAAGGAAUGGUGAUUGCAUUUGCGCAGACGAACCCCGUCGCGCAGACGAUCGUCCUUCUCAUCUUGGAGCUUUGCAUGAUGCUCGCAGUCGGAAUCAUCAAGCCAUUCAUGAGCAAGGGCGCCAAUGUCGUCGCCAUCUCCAUGGGUGUCCUCAACUCCCUCAACACCAUCUUCCUCCUCGUCUUCUCCGACGUCUUCGACCAACCGGAUCUGAUGACUGGAAUCCUCGGCGUUCUCUUCUUCAUCUUCAACGCUAUCUUCACUCUCGUCCUCCUAAUCUACCUCCUCAUCGGCCUUGUGUACGCCAUCUUCUUCAAGAAACCCGACACAAAGUACCGCACUCUCGCCGACGACCGCGACUCCUUCCGCUGGUCCCGCAACAACACCAACACUGAGCUCUCUUCUCUCGAGAAGAUCGCCAGAGGCGAAGAAGAUACAGAGGCCCACCCCCACCAGCCUGCGCGUGUCGCCUCUGCUCCACCCAGCGACGAAGAUGUCUCAAUGGCCGCCCGACGACCCUACAAUGACGUGGUCGAUCCCUCAGUCCCACUCUUCCCUACCAGCUAUGACCCCGGCCGCCGAAGGUCGUGA